CCUUAUCAGUAAUCACACAUUUUUGUAUAUCCGUUCAUUCAUUUAUUCCCCACUGGCUUUGAUUUCAAUUACCUCUCAGCCACUCGCUCCUUUUUUCGCCCUUUCACUCCUAUCUUUGUCUCUCACUGCAAAAAACACAAACUAACACUUCUAAGCCAAUUUCUUAUGCAAGAACAAGGUCACUACCACUUAAAGGUUCUUGAAUUUUGAAUUUUGGAGAUAUAUGCAAAGAGAUAAGAGAAGAAUUUUGGGAAUUGAGCUUUUUGUUAGGUCUAUUAUGAUUGCUCUUUAAGUUAAGUAUAAAGAGUAAUGACUAGUAUGGCUUCCCUAGUGAGUUUGGGGAGUGUUUGUGGAUGUUCUUCUGGUGGACAGUUUGAAGGGUCAUUCUCACUAGUUAGGAGGGUUUCUUUAGCCAACAACUUUAGAAACUUUAAUAGAAUUUGGGUUGGGAAAAGAUGGCGUUAUGUCUCUGUCUGUAGAUACUCUGUUACCACGGAUUUCGUUGCUUCUGAUCAGGGGACAUCAAUUUCCCUUGAUUCCUCAUCCAGGAGUAAUAAGGAGGAUGAUCUCUUGCUUAAGCCGUCCCCAAAACCACAGUUAAAACCUGGACCUAAACCCGGGCCUGCUUUAGGAAUGGGUCCAGUCAGUAGGAAUGGACCGGUCAGUAGCUCUGGUUCUGAUGAUGAAAAGGGAAAACCUAAUGAAGAAGAGAGAAGCAAGGUCAUUGAGUCACUUGGAGAGGCAUUAGAGAAAGCGGAGAAGCUAGAAACUAACAGAAAAGCAAAUGUGUUGGUUAAUAAUAAGUCGUCUGCCAAUGCACGUACUGCACAAAGAAAUAGCAAGCCAGUUGAUUCUGAUGAUUCUUCCAACAGGAAGUCCAAAACUUUGAAGAGUGUCUGGAAAAAAGGGAAUCCAGUUGCUGCUAUACAAAAAGUUGUAAAACCACCACCCCCUAAACAGGAACCAGUGGCUGAUAGUGGAAUUAGGAAGAGUGAGUCUCAAACUGUUGCCCCGCUAAAACCCCCUCAGCCACCCCAGAAGGUUCAACCACAAUUACAAGCAAGACCCUCUGUAGCUCCUCCUCCUCCUGUUAUCAAGAAACCGGUGAUAUUAAAGGAUGUCGGUGCGGCAGCAAAGCCCCCACCCACUGAGGGAAUUGAAUCAGCUGGAAAGACCAAAGAACGCAAGACAAUAUUGGUCGACAAGUUUGCUUCCAAGAAACCAGCUGUUGAUCCUAUGAUUGCUCAGGCUGUUUUAGCUCCUCCAAAACCUGGAAAGAGCCCACCUCCUGGUAGAUUCAGGGAGGAGUUCCGGAAAAAGGGUGGUGCUUUUGGAGGACAAAGAAGGCGUAUGGUUGAUGAUGGGAUUCCUGACGAGGAAGCAUCAGAGCUUGAUGUUUCGAUUCCUGGUGCAGCAGCAAGGAAGGGAAGAAAGUGGACAAAGGCAAGUCGCAAGGCAGCCCGACUUAGGGCUGCUAAAGAGUCUGCACCUGUCAAAGUAGAAAUUCUAGAGGUUGGUGAAGAAGGCAUGCCGACUGAGGAGUUGGCCUACAACUUAGCUACUAGUGAAGGUGAAAUCCUUGGUCUUCUAUACUCAAAAGGAAUCAAGCCUGAUGGUGUGCAAACUCUCAGUAAUGACAUGGUGAAGAUGGUUUGUAAAGAAUAUGAAGUGGAAGUUAUUGAUGCUGUCACCGUUAAAGUGGAAGAGAUGGCAAGAAAGAAGGAAAUUUUCGAUGAAGAUGACUUGGACAAAUUACAAGAUAGACCCCCUGUCAUAACUAUAAUGGGUCAUGUUGAUCAUGGAAAGACUACUCUCUUGGACCAUAUACGCAAGACCAAGGUGGCGGCAUCCGAAGCUGGUGGGAUUACUCAAGGAAUAGGGGCAUAUAAGGUGCAAGUUCCUAUUGACACCAAGCCGCAGAUAUGUGUUUUUCUUGAUACACCUGGACACGAGGCGUUUGGGGCAAUGAGAGCUCGUGGAGCAAGAGUGACAGACAUUGCUAUCAUUGUAGUAGCUGCUGAUGACGGUAUUCGGCCUCAGACAAAUGAGGCCAUAGCACAUGCCAAGGCAGCCGGCGUUCCAAUUGUGAUUGCCAUAAAUAAGAUUGAUAAGGAUGGAGCAAAUCCUGAGCGAGUCAUGCAAGAACUUUCCUCCAUUGGUUUGAUGCCGGAAGAUUGGGGCGGUGACGUUCCAAUGGUUCAGAUCAGUGCUCUUAAAGGAGAGAAUAUAGACGAUUUGCUGGAAACUGUCAUGCUUGUUGCGGAGUUGCAAGAGUUGAAGGCUAAUCCUCAAAGAAAUGCCAAGGGGACUGUGAUUGAGGCAGGUCUCGAUAAAUCUAAAGGACCUGUAGCAACGUUCAUUGUGCAGAAUGGUACACUGAAAGGAGGAGACGUAGUAGUUUGUGGUGAAGCUUAUGGAAAGGUGCGGGCUCUCUUUGAUGAUAAGGGAAAACGUGUUGAUGAAGCCGGACCCUCCAUACCUGUGCAGGUGAUUGGAUUGAACAAUGUCCCAGUUGCUGGUGACGAGUUUGAGGUUGUUGGGUCCCUUGAUAUUGCUCGUGAAAAAGCCGAAGCACGAGAGGAUUCCUUGCGAACUGAGCGUUUAUCAGCAAAGGCCGGAGAUGGGAAAAUUACACUCUCUUCUUUUGCUUCUGCUGUUUCAGGAGGAACUGGUCUAGACUUGCACCAACUAAAUAUUAUUCUGAAAGUUGAUCUUCAGGGAUCGAUUGAGGCGGUCAGACAAGCUCUUCAGGUUCUUCCACAGGAUAAUGUCACUUUGAAGUUCCUACUGCAAGCUACUGGUGAUGUGAACGCCAGUGAUGUUGAUCUUGCUGUAGCAAGUAAAGCUAUUAUUUUCGGCUUUAAUGUUAAAACUCCGGGUUCUGUCAAGAGCUAUGCAGACAAUAAAGGUGUUGAGAUCCGACUAUACAGAGUUAUAUAUGAGCUUAUUGACGAUGUGCGAAAAGCAAUGGAGGGACUUUUGGAAUCAGUUGAGGAACAAGUGCCAAUUGGUUCAGCAGAAGUACGUGCUGUGUUCAGCAGUGGUAGUGGUCGUGUUGCUGGAUGCAUGGUAACAGAGGGAAAAGUAGUGGAAGACUGUGGUAUUCGUGUCGUUAGGAAAGGCAAAGAAGUUCAUGUUGGUGUGCUUGAAUCUUUAAGACGGGUGAAGGAAGCUGUGAAAGAGGUUAACGCCGGACUGGAGUGUGGAAUUGGGGUUGACGGGUUCGAUGACUGGGAGGUGGGUGAUAUUCUGGAGGCUUUCAACUCAGUUCAGAAAAGACGAACACUUGAGGAGGCUUCAGCCUCAAUGGCAGCAGCACUUGAAGAAGUGGGGAUAAGCCUAUAAGGAAAGCAGAGGCACAUAACUUAAUAACUUUUUUUGUGCCAGUUGUAGUUGGGGUUGUACGACGACGCUCCUCUCCUCAUGCUUGGGUUUAAUCAAUUGUUAAAAGGAGUGGCAAUGAUCAGCGGGUAAGUUUUGCUGAUUGCUUGUCAAACAUACUUGAUGCCGAAGAAGGUGAGCUGCAGAGAAAUGGCCGUUGUUGUGUGCUGUUGCAAUGUAUAUAGUAAUACAUAUCAUUUGAGUUCCUCUUUGUAAAGGGCGACAAGUCCAUCAUUUGUUUGAAUUUCUCAAAAUGAAUGAUGAUAACACAUGUAGUCACAGUAGCAUGGAGAAAAGAAGUUCCAAAAUUGAAAAUCUUAGGAUGCUCUAGGUUAGAUUCGUCAUUUUGUAAACUCAAUAUCAUUCAAUUGGAAAUGAAAUUCAGAAAACGAGGGAACAAAUAGUUCUACUGUUUCCAUUACAUGGUA